AAUCCAGUGUGCGAUCCGCUUCUCUGCUGAUUACCAGUUCGUUCGAAACCCUCGUCGGAGCAUGAUUUAAGUCACACGCGCCGCUCUGUCUGUCACAAGAAUUUCCGCGAUCUUCAACUUACGCUUAUCACAACCCCAACAUGCCCCCCCAAAGUAACGUCACCCUGCACUGCUACAACAAGGAACCCCUUCUGCACCAGCAGAAAACCAUAAGUUUCACGUGCGGAAGAAACAAGAAGAGCAAGGAUGAGAAAGAGGAAAAAAUGAAGAAGAAGAAUAAGAUUAAGUGCGUUCUGGUUGGGGAUGAUGCUGUUGGGAAAACCUCUUUGAUUGCUUCUUAUAGUGCACACAGUUUUCCAUACGAAUAUGUUCCUACAGCGUACGAUAAAUAUAACGUGGAAGUACAGGUGGAUGGCAAACCGAUAGCCAUGGAACUCUGUGAUACAGCUGGCCAGGAUGAGCUGGAUCCUCUCAGAAGCCUUUGUUACCCAGACUCAGACAUAUUUCUUCUUUGCUUUUCGACAGUGGACCCUUCAACCUUCGUAUCAGCCUCUACUAGAUGGGCGAACGAACUUUCAAAACGCGAUGGUGCUAUAGUUUUAGUCGGCACUAAGUCGGAUCUUAGCAAAAACCCAGAAGUGAUCAAAAGGCUCAGAUCUGACGGACAGAGGCCUAUUUCCAGUGGGGAGGCUAUCAAUUUAGCGGAAUUGUUGAAUGCUCCAUACAUAGAGACUUCGGCAAGAACAGGGAUGUUCGUGAAAGAAGCCUUCGAUUUAGCUAUCACCAUAGCGUUGCGGAAUCAGAAGAAGGCUAGGAGAAAAUUCUGGAAAAAACUCCUAUGGUGCUGCUGAUGAAGUCUUCAGGUAUGAACCGAAUAUCGAUAUCAACGCCUAAGUUGACAAGGUGGGAAACAGUGAUGAUACGAAGAUUUGAUAUAGUACAAAUCUCAGGCCUUCAUCAUAAAAAGUUUCUCCUUUACUCAGUGUAGAUAAUUAUGUACACAGUAUUAUUCGAACGACUGAAAUUUUAGAUAAGACUACAUGCAUCUGUUAUAUUCCAUAAUUGUGAUAUUGAUUAGUAUAAUUGAAAUUAGAUAUGUACAUAUUUAGCUUUUUAUGUUAUUUUUUAAUUAUAAACUCUUUCAGUACUGGA